AUGUGUCAAAUAAGUAUCAGUGUCGAUAAAAUUACCAUCGAAUUCCUAAGUAAAUGGACUGACGUGGAAAAAAACGAAUAUGACCGUCGACAAAUGCCCAAAGAAUGUAAACUUUGCACUGUCUCCUUCGAUAAUUGGAAAGAUGCAGUGGAAAGAUUCUCUAAACAUGAGAUAUAUGAGUAUCACAAAGAGAGUAUCGAGAAUGCAGAAGGCCUCGUCGACUUUAUAUCUGGAAUAAAUGAAGGAAUUCAUGUGCAAUUGGAAAAUGAAAAGAAACGCCAAAUAUUAGACAACCGGAAGAAAUUAGCAACAAUGAUUGAAACUGUGAUAUUUUGUGGAAGACAGGAUCUUCUUCUGCGAGGUCACAGAGAUGCCGGUCCCAUCAACGAUGUAUUCGAGGAACUAGAUGAUAACGACGGUAAUUUUCGAGCUCUCUUGCGCUAUCGGGGUAGACACGAUAAUGAUUUGAAGAAAAUGUUAGAGAAUAGUAAUGAGAAUGCGCUGUACAUAAGUCCAACGAUACAAAAUGAAAUUUUUGAUGCUUGCAAUGAUGUUAUCCGCAAUCAAAUUGUGAACAAAGUUAAUGCUUUAAGCUGUUUUGUGAUCAUUGCUGAUGAAACACAAGAUAUUGCUUGCAUUGAACAGUUUUCUUUGUGCUUCGUUCCACUUCUAGACAUGACAGGAAGAGGUAUUGCUCAAAUAAUUUUGGACAAUUUACGCUCGUUUGGUGUAGAUAUAAGCAAAGCUCGUGGUCAAGUCUAUGAUGGAGCUGCUGCAAUUAAUGGAAAAUUUAACGGUGUACAAGCUGCUAUCAGAGAAACUUUACCCUUAGCUCUGUACGUGCAUUGUGCUCCUCAUUGUCUCAAUCUAGCAGUAUCUGACGCGUGCAACGUAUCUCUAAUAAGAAAUUGCAUGGGAACUGUACAAAAGCGCGAAAGAAGUCGGUCUCUUUCGGCAACAGCACGCAGCGCUUCGCGUGUACUGUUUCGCGAACCAGCCAGACAAGACCUGGCUGAACCAGGGCCAAGCAGUCGCCCUGAUCCAGUUUUCACUCCAGUCAUGCCAGAACCUAGUUUUUCCCUAGAUCCUCCCUAUGUAUAG